AUGAAUUCUGAUUCGAGCUCUGUCUCCAGCAGAGCUUCAUCGCCGGACAUGGAUGAGAUGUAUCUGAGGGAACACCACCACCGCCACCACCACCACCAGGAGAGCCGUCUCAACUCGGUCUCCUCCACGCAGGGCGACAUGGUGCAGAAGAUGCCCGGGGAAAGCCUCUCGCGGGCCGGCGCCAAGGCCACCGGCGAGAGCAGCAAGUACAAAAUCAAGAAGCAGCUGUCGGAGCAGGACCUACAGCAGUUGAGGCUGAAGAUCAACGGUCGGGAGCGCAAGCGGAUGCACGACCUAAACCUCGCCAUGGACGGGCUUCGAGAGGUCAUGCCCUACGCGCACGGGCCCUCGGUGCGCAAGCUCUCCAAGAUCGCCACUCUCCUGCUGGCCAGAAACUACAUCCUCAUGCUCACCAGCUCCCUGGAGGAGAUGAAGAGGUUGGUUGGCGAGAUCUACGGGGGCCACCACUCUGCCUUCCACUGCGGGACCGUGGGCCACUCGGCCGGCCACCCCGCGCACGCCGCCAACGCGGUGCACCCCGUGCACCCCAUCCUGGGCGGCGCGCUCUCGUCCGGCAACGGCUCGUCGCCGCUGUCCGCCGCCUCGCUGCCGGCCAUCGGCACUAUUCGACCUCCCCACUCGCUGCUCAAGGCGCCCUCCACGCCGCCCGCGCUGCAGCUGGGCAGCGGCUUCCAGCACUGGGCCGGGCUGCCCUGCCCCUGCACCAUCUGCCAGAUGCCGCCGCCGCCGCACCUUUCCGCUCUCUCCACCGCCAACAUGGCUCGGCUGUCGGCCGAGUCCAAGGACUUGCUCAAGUGA